AUGAAGUCCCAAGGCCUCGCACUUUUCGGCCUGUUUGCCUUUGCCAUGGCAAUCCCUCAGGCGAAAAGGCAUGAGGAGUCGCCUGACCAGCCGAUUAGCGGUGAAAAGGGCGCCCCAAUUCUAGGCGGCACCAACAGGGAAAUCGAUCUUCAGGUCCCAAACCAGUUCCGCACCCCCAGUACCGAUAAUGGCUAUGUGCCUAAUGUCAAGUGGAGCUUCUCUCAGUCUCAGACUCGGUUGUUCCCAGGUGGUUGGUCUCGUGAGCAGGUUAUCGAGGAUCUACCCCAGAGCCACGACAUUGCAGGUGCCCAGCAGCACCUGAGCAAGGGUGCUAUUCGUGAGCUACAUUGGCACCGUGUGGCCGAGUGGGGAUUCGUCUACAAUGGAUCCCUUCUCCUCACCGGUGUUGAUGAGAACGGUGCUUUCCAAACCGACGUCCUUGAGACUGGUGAUAUCUGGUACUUCCCCAAGGGAGUAGCUCACAACGUCCAGGGCUUGGAUGAUGAGAAUGAGUAUCUCCUCGCCUUCGACGACGGUGACUUCGAGAAGCGCGGCACCACCUUUAUGGUCGACGAUUGGAUCACCCACACCCCCAGGGACGUACUCGCAAAAAACUUCGGUCUCGACGCCAGUGUCUUCGACACCGUUCCCUCCAAGUUCCCUUACAUUCUCAACGGUACCGUCAGCAAGGACCUUGACGAUGCUCCCAAGGGUACUCUGCGAGGCGAGAAUUCCUAUAUCUACCACACUUACAAACACCCCUCCGAGCCUGUCCCCGGUCACGGAGGAACUUUCCGCAAGGUCGAUUCUACCAACUUCCCCAUUGCCAAGACUCUCGCUGCAGCCAUUGUGGAACUGGAGCCUAAGGGUCUCCGCGAGCUCCACUGGCACCCUAAUGCUGAGGAGUGGCUCUACUUCCACCAAGGUGAAGCCCGUGCCACUGUGUUCACUGGCGACUCCAAGGCUCGCACAUUCGAUUUCCGUGCUGGUGACACAGCUGCGUUCCCAGAUAAUAGCGGCCACUACAUUGAAAACACCUCCGAGACAGAGAAGCUUGUCUGGAUCGAGAUUUACAAAAGUGAACGUGUGGCCGAUAUCUCCUUGGCUCAGUGGCUAGCGCUGUCUCCCGCUGACACUGUUGCUAACACCUUGAAGAUUGACAUUGAUGUUGUCAAGCAGCUCAAGAAAGAGAAACAGAUUCUGGUUCCGGGAAAGAGAUAG